UUCAUUAUAUUCAAGUGAUAAUAAUUGAUGCCUUGCGCCUAUUAAGAAGCCAUAAAUCAAACGGCACUGCAGUUUCAAAAUCAGAUCGAUUUUUCUUACAAUCGCAAUUAGUUUUGUUUCUCUCCUCAUUGAUCUGCAUUCGUUUUUCUCGUUCAGUACUUCAAAUGACGCGCUGCGUGGGAUAUUCGUGAUAUCAAUUCGUUCACAGGCGUCGUUCGUUUUAUAUAAAAAAAAAAUAAGAAAACAAAAAACCAAUUGAAAAGGAAGAAAAAAAACCGCAUGUAUUCUGUCCGCUCAGCUACUAUUAUCAGCAGCAACAAACGCGUGCACAGAGCAUUUAUACGUAUAAAAAAAUGUGUCAUCAUACGAUCAUGCUUAAACGAGCAUAUGAAACACAUCGAUUCACUUCGACUUUCACACGAUCCCAUUGUCUGACUAUUUUUGUUUUCAUUUUUUUUUAUAUAUAUACAAAAUGUAAUCAACUUCUAUCCUCUGUUCUCUCUCUUUCACUGUCAAAACGGGCACACGGACCAUGAUAACGACAAUUACAUUAUUUGUUCGUUCGUACAUUUCCUUUGGUCACACGGGGCAAUAAAUUCAUAGAUUAUUUUAAGAACUUGAGAAAAGGUAGUAUCCAACAGAAUUCUAAUCAUCAAUCGUGUGUCUCGUGCUAGCAUUUGAUUAAAAUGACACGCUCAGGGUGGAAGUGAUAGGAUUUCACACUUGAAUUCUGGAAAAUGGUGAUAAAAUCUAGAAUAAAAUGUAGAUAACGACGGUUGAUUUGAUACGUUUAGAAAUUGUAGCUCUGUUUAUGAAAGUCAAAGUAGCCCAUGGCACAGGUAUAGUAACUGUACAUAGUUAUUAUAUAGAAUGAUAUGUCUUUUUAUGUCGCUAUAUAUACUUUGUCUCUCCCCUACAUAUUCAACGCUUUUAUUUAGGGAUAUUAUCAUUUUUAAAUUCAAUUCAAUUCAUUUCAAUUGAAAAAAACAGUUGGUUCAUAUAUACUGGUGAAAUUCUAUUCUAAUUGACAUAUUUUUCAUUAUGAAAACCGUUUCAAGAGUUGGAAAUAAAAUUCUAAUUUUUAUUUUAUAUUAUACAUACAUAGAAGAAAAACAAUAUUUUGCAAUGUUUCUUUGUGUAAAUUCGGACAAAAAUCGGAAAAAUUCGAUUUUACUCUUACGGUGUCACGCAUAACACGUUUAUGGUGCCACUGAGUGGUAUGAUUUACUUGAAAAUAUUCAAGAAUGUUGAAUUAAAAUCACAACCAAUUCAAGUUUUUCCAGGAAUUUAUGGUUUAUUCUCGAAGGAAAGAUUAAAGGAAUAAAUAUUUAAAUAAAAAAAGUAGUUUCCAAUUGAAAUUAUUUUGAUUUUGUUUCCAAUGAUGCAUGAUUUACACAUGAAUCACACUUUUUGCUUUAAAAAAAAUCUUCUCGAUUGGAGACUCCAAUUUGGAGUAAUGCAAAAACAUAGUCGCUAGAGCGGAGAAGAAGAUAUUUCAUUAGAAUUAAAAAAUCUAUCAUGGAAAUACGGUGAGUAUUGAUAUGGAAUUGUUUAAUAAAUUAACUUUGAAUUUCCAAUAGUCUAUGCCUCUUAUUGAUAUAUGAUUGCAUUUAAUAUUUGAGGGCAAAUUAUGAUUGAAAAAAUAAGAAUCGAUAAAGGGUUUCAAUUUAAUGCUGAUUAAAAUUCAGAAUAAUCAUUUGGAAUAGUUGCGUCAAUAGUGUUCAAUCGAAGAAGGAUUGUAUUGCAAUCUUAAUUCAAUCAAACUAACAAAAAAAUAUGAACCAAUGAGAAAAAAAAUUGCUUAGUGCCAUCUAUUGAUAAUAUGGUAAAACUAUUCGACUGGGUAUUAUCACUAAUGACUUGUCAUCUUUCAAAAUCAGCUGGAAAAGUAAUUGCAAAAUAUACACAAAGCGAUUCGAUUUUUAGUUUAAUAAAUUUCAGAACAAAGAGGCGAAACGAAAAAAAAUAAACAAAAUUUUUCGUCUACAUCGUUCGAAAGGGGCAGACCAAGUCGAUGGUUUAUAAUAAAAAGCGGUUGAAUAAAUUAUCAUUUAGUUUUAUUCGUCAAUAACUCGCCUUAUAUUAGUAUUAUUGGUGUUGAUUUGAUUGUUUAUUAUUAAUGAAGUAGUUAGUGCGCUUAUAAAUUAAAUGGAAUCGGCAGUAAAAUGCAACUACAGCAGUUCUAGUAAUUACGCGAGUGGGCCGUCUUCCAAAGCAAAACCAUUGCAGACAAAUGAAUCCACAACGGCGGAAAAAUAUGUUUCGGAGUGGAGGAGUCUUUCACGCUUAUCAGAAGAUCCACAUUUGGUGCAGUUACGGCAAUCGGCCGUCAACGGAGGGCUGAAAACAUCAAAAUUUCGCAGCAUUUGUUGGUCAUUAUUGUUGGGAGUCUUGAAUGGACGAUCACAAUCGUGGGUAACACAACGAAAAUGCGAUCGAAGCAGAUAUGUCGAACUAAUCAAACAGUUUUAUAUCAAUCCGCGAAUGGCGGCCGAGGAUGACCCGCUUUCUCAAUCUGAUAAAAGUGUGUGGAAUCAGCAUUUUUGCGAUAAGGAACUGUGCACGGUUAUCAAGCAGGAUGUUAUCCGUACAUUCCCUGGCAUUGAGUUUUUUCGAAAGCCAAAUAUACAGGAGAUUAUGAUAAAUAUCCUCUUUUGUUAUGCACGUGUCUAUCCCGAAAUGUGCUAUCGCCAAGGUAUGCACGAAAUUCUUGCACCCAUCAUAUUUGUUAUGCACUGUGAUCAUCAGGCAUUGCUGCACAUCAAUGAUAUUUCGGCUCACAAUGUGGACCUUGAGCUUCGCGAAGUGUUGGAUCCAAAGUACUUGGAAGAAGAUUCAUACUUCAUUUUUACAAAAGUAAUGACGGAAAUUGAAUCAUUUUAUCGAAUUCAUGACUUGCAUCCAACCGCAACCGGGUAUUUCCCAUCGACUCCACAGUGCGCUAAUCACGGCGAAGUGAAUACCGUGUCCGAUUUGGAAGUGGUCAGCCAACUGAACAUGAUUCGCGAUAAGAUCCUUGCCAAAGCCGACAGUCAACUACAUAAUCACUUGAUGCAAUUGGAUAUCCCAUUACCACUAUUUGGCAUACGAUGGCUACGGUUGCUGUUCGGCCGUGAAUUUCAAUUACUCGAUCUCUUGGUGCUUUGGGAUGCAAUUUUUGCGGAAGGUGCUCAUUUUGAAUUGACAAACUACAUUGUUGUGGCCAUGUUGAUAAGCAUUCGCGAAGAAAUGUUACACAGUGAUUAUACAACCGGACUGUCGUACUUAAUGAAAUAUCCGAGUAACAUUGACGUUCUGCUAAUAAUUCGACAUUCGCUGCACAUGUAUGCACCUCACAAAUACGAACGACCACCAAACACGUUCACUGUGUCACCGAAGCAUCAAUUUGCCAAUAAGCAAUCGGCGCAUACAAGUGGUAAAUCUGCCACGCUGCCACGGAAUAGUAAUUCAAAAAAUACUGCGAAUCAUUUUGGUUCGCAACCGAAACGGGUUAAUGAUGAUUUGUCGCAUAGAAAUCAUCGAGUCAAUCAUCAUGAGUCGAAUAAGCUGAGCCAGUCACCAUCGAGAAGUGAUCUGCUCAGAGAGCACGUACAUAGUUUACAGAGUAAAUCAACGAAGGCUGCCAUGCGUGUGGUUAGUCCACCGCAGCUGAACAACGAACCGGGUAUUGUCGACGGUUAUUUAGAGAACAGUUCAGAAGUAUUAAAAAUUCAAUUGCAAAAUGCCCACACAGUGAUGACAAUAGCACGCCUAAAAUUGAUACAGUAUUUGGCUGUAUUUCGGAAACAUAUACCGGGUGAUUCAACGCAUACACUUCAUCAGUCAAUGGAUGGCAUCGAAGAAUUGUGUGAAUUGUUGAAAAUAAAGGAGAAACUACCGUACACAUUACCAACGCCCGUUGAACCAGCGCUCGAGGCGAACGAAGCGAACGAGGCGGCCGUCUCAUCACAUCGCCGUAAUGUCGAUAAAAAGAUUAAAUCAAAUGAACGAAUACGUCCAAAACUGGAACAACAGACAUCAGAUGAAGCAACACCAAAGUUAGUAAGAGUACCGGCUGGUUCGCUGCCACCACUAAAAAUAUCUCCAUCGAAGCAAAUCAAUUCGAAUAGUAAUGUUAAGAAUAAAAAGUAUGCCGUUGACAUUCAACGUGAUGAUUUGGAAUAUGUCGGUAAGACAGACACCCAGGCAAACUCAAACACUAUGGCAAAUGUGCGGUAUGAAAUUCCUGAAAGUAGCCUAAGUCGUACAGCGACACUGAUUCUGGGCAAUCGAAAAGAACUGGAAAUGCAUGAAUUUUCCUUCUCGAAAUUGGCCAAUGAUCCGAUUAUUGGUACGAACAGCGGUCGGCGUAUUCCAACGAUGCCAGAAAUUGAUCCAUCUGGUGAUCGACAACCACUUGAAUAAACUAACGGUUCCAUACACAAACAUUUCUAUACGACAAAAUGAUUUGUAAAUUUUAAUUUUUGCCCACAAAUAAACACAUUUUAAAUUCUAUACACAAAA